GACUCUGGCAGCCACCUGGUGCUUGUAACUCAAGUCUGCAGCGGGCAGCCCUCUUGGGAGCUGUCUCUACCUUAAUGGGGAAAGAAGGCAACAGUCACUGAAGGGUGUUUGGCUGGGCUGUGUGCGCAGGAACGUCUUCAUGAAAACAACUUCUCAGGGCUGCUGUGUGUGGGUGGGCAUGGGCGAGUGGCCCUUGGAUUUCGCAAAGGGGCAACAACAACUAGGAACCAACCCUAUCUUCUCAUUGUAAGUGACUUUGCCAGCCAAAGCUCGGUUUUGGUUUACUCAGGACAACCCUGCUGACUCCAGGUAGGAGGGACUCUUUGGGGGCACCAUUAUCUGCUCUCCCGAUACCCCGACUGAGCCACGUGGUGGAGAUGAAAGAUGAGUGAUUUUGAUGGAUGGAUUUCUGGAGCCUACAGAAGAAUGGAAGAAGGUCCUCUCCCUCUGUUGACCUUCUCUACAGCUCCCUACCACGACCAGAAACCAGGAACAAGUGGAUUGCGGAAGAAAACAUGUUAUUUCGAGUCAAAGCCAUGCUAUCUGGAAAAUUUCAUCCAAAGUAUCUUCUUUUCCAUGGACCUAAAAGAUCGCCAGGGGUCGUCACUGGUGGUUGGUGGAGAUGGGCGAUAUUUUAACAAAUCAGCAAUAGAAACAAUAUUGCAGAUGGCAGCUGCCAAUGGGAUCGGUCGCUUGGUUAUUGGGCAGAAUGGAAUCCUGUCCACCCCUGCAGUGUCCUGCAUCAUCAGAAAAAUUAAAGCCAUUGGUGGAAUCAUUCUGACAGCCAGCCACAACCCUGGAGGGCCCAAUGGAGAUUUUGGAAUCAAAUUUAAUAUUUCUAAUGGAGGUCCUGCUCCAGAAGCAAUCACUGAUAAGAUUUUCCAAAUCAGCAAGACAAUUGAAGAAUAUGCAAUUUGCCCUGACCUGAAAGUAGACCUUGGAGUUCUGGGGAAGCAGCAGUUUGACCUGGAAAACAAAUUCAAGCCUUUCACAGUGGAAAUCGUGGAUUCAGUAGAAGCCUAUGCCACGAUGCUGAGAAACAUCUUUGAUUUCAAUGCACUGAAAGAACUGCUCUCUGGUCCAAACCACCUGAAGAUCCGUAUAGAUGCCAUGCACGGAGUCGUAGGCCCCUAUGUCAAGAAGAUCCUCUGUGAAGAGCUGGGAGCCCCUGCAAACUCAGCAGUUAAUUGUGUUCCUCUGGAAGACUUCGGAGGUCACCACCCUGACCCCAACCUCACCUACGCAGCUGACCUGGUGGAGACUAUGAAGUCUGGGGAACACGAUUUCGGGGCCGCUUUUGAUGGAGAUGGGGACCGAAACAUGAUUCUGGGCAAACAUGGGUUCUUUGUGAACCCUUCGGACUCUGUGGCCGUCAUUGCUGCCAACAUCUUCAGCAUUCCCUACUUCCAGCAGACUGGGGUUCGUGGCUUUGCCCGUAGCAUGCCCACCAGCGGGGCCCUGGACAGGGUGGCUAAUGCUACAAAGAUCGCUUUGUAUGAGACCCCAACUGGUUGGAAGUUUUUUGGGAAUCUGAUGGAUGCAAGCAAACUGUCGCUUUGUGGGGAGGAGAGCUUCGGGACCGGUUCUGACCACAUCCGUGAGAAGGAUGGUCUGUGGGCUGUGCUCGCCUGGCUCUCCAUCCUGGCCACCCGCAAACAGAGUGUGGAGGACAUCCUCAAAGACCACUGGCAGAAGUUCGGCCGCAACUUCUUCACCAGGUACGAUUAUGAGGAGGUGGAAGCUGAGGGUGCCAACAAAAUGAUGAAGGACCUGGAGGCCCUCAUGUUUGAUCGCUCCUUCGUGGGGAAACAGUUCUCAGCCAACGACAAGGUUUACACUGUGGAGAAAGCCGACAACUUUGAGUACAAUGACCCAGUGGACGGAAGUGUCUCGAAAAACCAGGACUUGCGACUCAUUUUUGCAGAUGGUUCUCGUAUCAUCUUCCGACUGAGUGGCACAGGCAGUGCGGGGGCCACCAUCCGACUGUACAUUGACAGCUACGAGAAAGACAACGCCAAGAUCAACCAGGACCCCCAGGUCAUGUUGGCCCCUCUCAUUUCAAUUGCUCUGAAGGUGUCCCAGCUCCAGGAAAGGACAGGACGCACCGCGCCCACCGUUAUCACCUAAGAACACAGACCAGAUGAUGUACGUCCCUCCCCAAGUCAUCUGAUUGAAGAAUGCAGACAGAGACAAAGUGAACACACCGGGACUUUCUUGGAUUUGAUCAUCUCCUAACUGGUUGUGGAUGAACAGUGCAUUUGUGAGGCAUUGCCAUUUGAGAUGCCAUUGGGAGCCAUGUGAGAAAGAGGGGAAGAGAGCCCAGAGGUUUAUAUGAAUAUCAGUUCAUUUCCAUGCCCUCCUGCACUGCCUGGGUGUGUGUGUAGCAUCAGGCGUUGUUUGCAGUGUCCUGGGACGUAGAGGCUGAGCGUCUCUGUCAGGCUGCCUUUCAUCCCAGGAUUUACCAGUGAAAUGACAGUGCAGGUUUCUUUCUCUGUGGCGAAUUGUUCUCCCAUCGACACUUACAUGGAGCCCAUCAAAAUGCAACCUCUGGUGCCUUUUCUCUCAUCAGCAUUUCUUCAGAGUAGGACGUACAUAUCUAGAGAUUUCUGCUUUGUUUUGCAACAUAGUCCCAGAUGUACAGUUAUAUUGGGCUAUUAAAGCAAAAA